UCUACACGUCGAGCACAACGAUGGCCGCGAACACGACGUCGAUCGUCGCCAACGAGUGCAAGCUCCUCAGCGGGCCCUUCGAGACCUUCAUCCAAGUCUCGCUUGGCCUCAUCGCCAUGUCGGUGCUCGUCUGCAAGCGGUACUUUGAGCAUCCGCAGCGCCCGUUCCGCGUGUGGCUCUUUGACGCGUCCAAGCAGUGCAUCGGCGCAGGCUGGGCGCACGCAGCGAACCUCACGAUCGCCAUCUUGCUCGUGCAAUACUCGACCGAGAAGGAAAACGCGGAUGAGUGCGCCUUUUACUUUAUCAACUUUACGCUCGACACGAGCUUUGGCGUCGCGCUCAACUGGUUCCUCCUCCACUGCUCCGUGCUCCUGGCGCGCCACUUUCACUGGAAAGCGCUGCAAGUGCCGGGGUUCUACGGCAACCCGAUCCAGACGCGCGUCUGGCUCAUCCAGCUCGGUGUGUGGCUCGUCAUCAUCAUCAUGACCAAGCUCAUCAUCGGCCGCGUCAUUUUGUGGUUUGAGCGCCCCAUCAAUGCGUUCGCGAACGUGCUCUUUGAGCCGCUCUCGGACUUUCCGCGCCUCGAGCUCGUCCUUGUCAUGAUCGCGUGCCCCGUCACGAUGAACGUCGUGCAGUUCUGGGUCACCGACAACUUUCUCAAGAAGCACGACAGCGACGUCAAGGCCGCGGACGAGAACACGCCGCUGACCAACAAGACCCACGACACGUACGUCUAAGAAAGACCACGCAUGCAAUCUACGACGCGUGUUGGACAUUAAGUACGCAAGAACUAGUACGUAAAAAGACAAUCGUUCCAUCAUACUAAGAUCAAUGGUAGUAAAAAGGUAGUAAAUGUGAGAUCAAUCAACCGGGG